UGACCCAGUGCCCGCGGUCAUACCAGUUGACUCGGAGCCCACUGCCUUGCCAGAUGACGCGGUGCCCGCUGUCGAGCCAAAUGACCUGAUGCCUGGUGACCCGAUGCCCGCUGUCCAGCCAGACGAUCCAAUGUCUGACCCAGUGCCAGCGGUCAUCCCAGUUGACUCGGAGCCCACGGGCCCGAGACCUGUCGCUCCUCCUGGGGGUCCGGCGCCAGCCGCUCCGCCUGAGGGCCCGAGACCUGGUCCGAGACCUGUCGCUCCUCCUGGGGGUCCGGCGCCCGCCGCUCCGCCUGAGGGCCCGAGACCUGUCGCUCCGCCUGGGGGUCCGGGCCCGCCGCUCCGCCUGAGGGCCCGAGACCUG